UGCAUACCUUGCCUUCUUUUUAAAGCAUCUGCUGACAUCUGCUGCUGUUUAUAAAUAGACACAUGUGUGUCACUAGAAACUUCUCAGUGCCUGAAAGAGUUAGACUUUAGGACUGCGUAGCUUGCUGGCAUACAGACAGCAAACAUACUGCAAACAGACAUAGGCCAUCUUCAUUUACUUGGUACAGUGUGUUGUUUCCUGUUUUUUGUUAUUUAGGGUGGUGUAGUGUUGCAGUGUUACGAUUUCAGGUAUUUUACCCGGUGUGUUGCCAUGUUCACGUAUGCUAAUCUGUAUAGCUAAGUAGACUUAGCACAGCUUUUGUUCGCUUCUAGGGAACAGUUCCUUCAGACAUGGCCGCUGUUUUGGAUCAGUUUAUGGAAUUCCACCCCAUCCAUGGCACCAAUGUGCAACUGGAUCCCACUGGGACGAGAGCCACCCGGGUUGAAAGUUUUGCUAAUGGGGUGUGCUUCAGCAAAAACCCCUUGAGUCCUGGAGAAAUCUUCCUGGUGGAGAUUGAGGAAAAGGAGCUGGGCUGGUGCGGCCAUCUUCGCGUUGGACUUACAGCACAUGACCCUCGGACCCUGGAACCGGUGCCGGAGUACUCCAUUCCUGAUCUGGUUGACUUGGGUAAUAGCUGGGUGUUUGCCAUCACUAGAAACCACAAUAGAGUUGUUGAGGAGGAGCCAUCGCCAGCGGACGACUUAGCAGGGGGCCACAGACUGGGGAGGGGCGAGCCAGAGGAGGAAAGAGGAAACAGCAGACCCAAGAUAUUUUUCACAAGCCCCCACCUGUGCAUUGAAAAGUUGUACAUCCCCAUGGAUAAACUAGUCGGGCGCAGUCGGCCAGGCAGGUACAGCCACAUCUUGGACGACCUGUACAAGUACAAUGCACUACCUCCCACGGCUCGCCGGAGCCGCAUUGGAGUCCUUUACGUACCCAGAGAACCAGGUUUUGCUGACAUGCACAUGGUCAUCAAUGGUGAGGACAUGGGGCCCUCAGCCAAAAGGAUACCUACGAGUCAGCCAAUCUAUGCAGUUGUGGAUGUGUUUGCUGCCACCAAGUGUGUCCGCAUCGUCCAGGUGGAAUAUGGCUUUGCAUCUUUGCAAACACUCUGUCGGAAGGCCAUUCAGAAAAAUAUCGUUCACAGAAUGGCUUUGGACUGGCUGGAACUUCCUGAGCUGCUUAAGAAUUUCUGCAAGUAUGAGUGAAGGACAAUCCUGAUGCUACUUCACCAUCAUUUUUGACUUCCUGUAAAGAUAAAAAAAAUCCCCCUGAAAAGAAACACACCUGGUAAAAAAAAAUUCAUAAAUUGUUAUGGUGUUCACAGUAUAUCUCACAUUUUGGGCUAUGAAAAACUAUGAAAAGACAGCUAAGAUCAACCUUGUCAUCAUAUUCCAAAAUUACACAAAAUAUUCCCUGACAAAGCUUACCCAAAAUUGCCUCAUGUAUUGAUUUACAUCUGUCUCCACUGUUGAAGGUGCAUAUUCAUUUCUACAAGAUGUUGCAUAUAUAUUUGUUUUCACUUUGUGAAUGUGCCUUGACCAUAGUUCCAUCCGUUGUGGUUCAGGUAAUCUGAUAUCAUUAUAACAGAUACACAUCUGGUUUCAGUGGUCUUAACAUACUGUAUGUACUGUACUGACCAGUUCAGAGUUAAAAAUGAUGAGGUAACUGUUGUAAGAAUGUAAAGGCAAAUGUUUGUAAAUGGAAUGUUACAAAGUAACAAAUACAGAAGGAAACACAAUUCAUUUUAAUAAACUAGAGAAAUACCAGUAAAUCUGCACUGCGACACAGUCUGUUCCAGACGGCCAUCAGAGAUAGCCUAAACCACUGAUUACUUUUUAUAUCAACCUUAAAAUCAUUGUAAACAGAACUAAGUUGAUCAGAUUAUUGUGUGUGUGUGUGUGUGUGUGUGUGUGUGUAUGUGUGAGAUUUAAUUUAGACUGAUCGGUCAAAUGACCCAAUAAAAGUGUGUUUUAUGGAGUUAGCUGCUUUGUAAAUAAGGGUCACGUCCUGGAAGGAUUGUAAUAUGUUAUGUUGUGCAUGCUGUCAUGGCUACUGUAAUGCAUAAGCUACAGUUUGGGCAAGAAAUCACAAAACACAUGAAAUAAAGUUCUUACCAGAGCAGGCCUGCCAAGCCUCCGCACCA